UACAGUUGCAAUGAAAACCUCUCUGCGUACUCCCUGGCUGAGGUCCAGAGGAGAGACACUGCUGCCAUCCUGGACAUGAAAUGGUGCCACGUUCCGGUGGCUGGCCAGGCCUUCCUGGGUGUGGUGGACGCUGGUGGGUACAUAGAGCUGUUCCAACUGGUGGGAUCUGAGGGCGGCGCGCAAGCCCUGCAGCUGGCGGCCAGCUUCGCCCUGGACGAGCAGUGUCUGGCCUUGUCGCUGGAUUGGUCCACUGGGAAAACUGGAAGAGCCGGUGGCCAGCCCUUGAAAAUCAUUAGCAGCGACUCCAAGGGACAGCUGCACCUCCUGAAGGUGGACGAGGCGGGGCCAGGACCACAGGCUGUAGCCACGUGGCAGGCCCACAGCUUCGAGGCCUGGGUUGCGGCUUUCAAUUAUUGGCAGACGGAAAUCGUGUACUCAGGUGGGGACGAUGGCCUUCUGAAAGGCUGGGACACCAGGACACCCAGCACACCUGUGUUCACCAGCAAGAGACACUCAAUGGGCGUGUGCAGCAUGCAGAGCAGCCCCCACUGGGACAGUGUCCUGGCCACAGGCAGCUACGAUGAGCGUGUCCUGCUGUGGGACACGCGGAGCAUGGGGCGGCCCUUCGCCGACGUGCCGGUGCAGGGAGGCGUGUGGAGGCUCAAGUGGCACCCUCGGCACGGCCACCUGCUGCUGGCGGCCUGCAUGCACGGUGGCUUCAGGAUCCUGGACUGCAGGAAGGCCAUCGAGGAGAAGCAGGACGUGUGCACAGUGCCUCUGUCCCACACGCUGCCCAGCUCCCUGGUGUACGGAGCCGACUGGUCCUGGCUCACCCCCUGCCGUCUGCCACACGCCCAGCAGCCAGCAGAAGACAAGGUUGCAGCCACCCACCGAGGGUCAGCCACUCACCCCAGGGACCGGGCUCUGUGACUCUGACCAGUGUUUGGAAGCAGCGGACUUUGACAACAGCCUCUUUGCCACUUGCUCCUUUUACGACCACACCCUUCACCUCUGGCAGUG